CUCACCGGUGCCUGAAAAGGCUUAUACAACAGCCUCGAAAGCAUGUUCGCUCCUCAAUAGCGGCCGUCCAUUUCAGUAACUCACACCAAGGCCACACGCACAGCACAGCCACUAUCGAUAAUGUCUUCCCCGAAAAUCAAAGCCGUCUUCUUCGACUUCAUGGGCACAUGUCUCGACUGGCACAGCAGCAUCGUUCAGUCGAUGCCUCCUGCAAUUCCCGAAGAGGAGGCUUCGCAGCUUGCCCUCGACUGGCGCCGCCAAUACUUCCUGGAGACCGAGCAGCGAGUCCGCGACAACCUGCCACCGGAAGACAUCGAUCAAACUCUCGCCCGGGCGCUCCCCGUCGUCCUCAGGCGAGCCCCCAAGCACAAAGCCCACCUCGAUCCCCAAACCACAACCCGGCUACUGGAAGCAUGGCACAGCCAGCCCGCGUGGCCCGAAGUCCCAGCCGCAGUCCAGAAGCUCCGCAACGAUCUCGGCCUGGAGGUAUUCGUUCUUGCCAACGGAACCACGCGGCUCCAGCUGGACUUGACGCGUUCGUCGGGGCUGAGCUUCAACAUGCUGUUUUCGAGCCAGUUGUUGGGGGUCUAUAAGCCGAGCCCGGAGGCCUAUCGACGGGGAUUGGAGCUGGUGAAGCUGCGGCCGGAGGAGGUGGUGUUGGUCGCGGCGCAUGCGUAUGAUUUAAGGGGGGCGCAGAGGGUCGGGAUGCGCACGAUCUAUAUUCAUCGGUGGACGGAUGAUAUGGACGAGGAUAUGGAGACGGUGAGGGGCGAGUUUGAUGUGUUUCUGGAGGGGAUGGAGGAGUUGCCAGAGGUGAUUGCGAGGUUGCAGUUGACCCCAGGCUCAGCUGUACGCUAAUAAGGUGACCUUUUGUCACAGCGG